AUGGAGUCUACGCUUACUGCUGCCUACAACGGGCAGAAGAAACCUCUGAUAUUGUCACAUCUCAAACCGUUAACUUUCAACGACACCAACUUGAUAUUUCCAGCGAGAGCGUUCCAAAUCCCCAUUCCUUCAGACACAGAUGUUUCCUCUUUGGUUGAAGCCAAUGAUUCGAAGAUCCUGGCCCUUGGCACUUACCCUGAAGCCACCAAUAACGAUACACUCAAACGAACAGCAGCUCAAUUGAAAAAGGAAACCCAACUAGAUGAUAAGCAGCAAAUCCACAACUUUGUUGAAAUUAGCGAGUUUUAUCCAAAGAAUUUACUCCAAGAGUUGACGACUAUAACUGCAAGGAACUUCCCCAAUGUCAAACGAAUCGCUGUCGAAACCAUUUGGAAAGCUCUUUUGUUACAAGGGAAAAAGGAGUUUAUUUGGAGUCAGAUCCAUCAUGAACUCUUAGACGAAAACAGACUACUCUUCAUACGGUUUGCUACAAUUGAGGAUGUUAUUUGGUUCCGGAAAGUGUAUGAUAUCAGUUUGCUUCGUCGAAUACUUUCUAAAGACGAUGUGGAGAUCUGUUACGAUAAUCAGUUGGAUGAGUAUAUGGACAAAGUUGACGAUGAAGAAUCGUCAAGCAUUGACAGUGCGACAUUGACGACAAUCGAAGGAGAUAUAGAGGGGUUUCUCAGUAACCGAGCCAACUUCGAACAGGAGCUGUCGACUACUGGUACAGAAGAUUUGGACAAAGUUAUGAAUUACUAUUCGAAGUACAAGGUCGACAACUCGGAGCUUGUGGAUGUGCCCAAGACGAUGAAGGAGAAGAUCAUCAAGGAUAUAAUCAAGUUCAGGACCAAGGUGUUAACUAUCGAAAAAAACCAUCGGAAGAAGGAGAUUGAACAAGAGCGUCGUAAAACCAAAGAGAGGCUACACAAUAUCUUCAAUCUGUUGCAGAAUAGCAGUAGUAAUAAAGUGGAUAAGUCUGGAUUAGGGCCAGUUUCUGAUACUUCUGUGUCUGCAACUGUUCUUCUGGAGGAUGAAUAUGAAGAGCUCAAUGAUGAAGAAUAUGAAGCUAUGAUGGCCGAAAAGGAAAACGCGGAGCAACAAGAAAGAUACAACAACAUGCUAAGGAUUCAAAGCGAGUUGAUGCGAACCGAAGUGACUCGUUUGAGAAACGAACUAGUCGCGUUACAGAACUAUGAAGAUGAUCUUAUAGACAAUAAGUUCAAGUACGUGGAGCAGGUGAAGAACUUUGAUGAGUUCAAACAUUUAUACCGGGUGAACCAUUCUGAAUACUUGAAGCAGCGCGCAGUGGCCCGAGAGAAGGAAAAGGAGUUCGACAAGCAAGACGCUUUAGAAGAAGCGACGGAAGUUGGCGGUCAUCACGACCCAGAACCAGUCGCGGUAGACGACAAAGUUUCUGUCGAGGAAGUGCAAGUACAACUGCUGCAACAGAACGACGACCUAGAUGCGACGGUGGUCAUGACAGACGAUAUUAUCAAGUUCGACGAACAAAGUCUUAGCAAGAUCAAAACUUACAUUGGCGAAUUGAUAGAAGAAUAUUUGGGCAUCAAAGAAGACCUUUUGAUAGACAUCAUAUACGAUCACAUCCUAAAGCAUAGCACGUCCUCAAAGGAUAAGUUGAUCCUGGAAUUAAGGGAACCACUUGAUGACGAUGCUAAUGAACUAGUAGAAAGCUUAUGGCUAUACAUAAAGUCUAUAUAA